GAAGCGGACGACGCGGUGGCCAGCAGCUAAAAAGCCUAUCUAUCGCCACCGCGGUCAGCCCCGAGGGGAGGGAGGAAUCGCCCACGCCCGCAGAGGGACGCGGGGAAUAAUAACGGGAGAGAGCGCCGGCGGCGGCCACAUGGCGAUCGCCUCCUGCCUCCGCGCGCCCCCCGCCGCGUCAUCCGCAGCGCAGCGCCUCAGGAUCCCCCCUCCGCUGCCGCCGUUCGCGGCGGCGCUGCCGGGUGGGGCCCGGCGCAGAAGGGUCGGGGUGGUGGCCGCAUCCGCGUCGCCCUUCGACGAGCUCCACGCGCGGGGGAGGCCCGUCCACGGACCCUCCAAGAAAUCCAUGCUCUGGAACCUGAUCCAGGAUAUAGAGCCUCUGGACCUGAGUGUCAUUCAGAAAGAUGUUGCUCCUGAAACGGUAGAUGCAAUGAAGAGGACCAUUUCUGGCAUGUUGGGUCUGCUUCCAUCCGAUCAGUUCUGUGUCGUUGUAGAAGCCCUUUGGAACCCCUUCUUCAAGUUAUUGGUAUCUUCUAUUAUGACUGGGUAUACUCUACGUAACGCCGAGUACAGGCUUUCUUUUGAAAGAAACCUAGAACUUUCUGAAGAAGAUGCAGAAUGUCCGAAAAGUGAUAUUACUGAAGAUAAUCAUCAUAACAUCAACUUGGGUAGGCCUGUCACGAUUUCCAGAUUAUCAGAAGAGGACAAGCCCCAGAACCCUGGAAAAAGUGAUGAAGAAUUGUCAUGUGAAAAUGUGGGAAAAGAGCUAGGUAACUUAACACCUCAAACAGAAGAGUACAUUAUUCAGAUGCAAUCUCGUUUGGAUGCCAUGAAAAAGGAGUUGCAUGACCUCAGGCGGAAAAAUUCUGCCCUACAGAUGCAACAGUUCGUCGGAGAAGAGAAAAAUGACUUGCUGGACUAUUUGAGGUCACUAACACCAGAGAAGGUUGCUGAACUAUCGGAGUCUACAUGUCCCGGCGUGCAAGAAGCAAUUCACUCUGUGGUGCAUGGUUUGCUUGCUACUCUUUCCCCCAAGAUACACUCAAAGGUCCCUCCGCCGCUAGAGAAUGCUGCUGGGGGUGCCCUAAACCUUGGGUGCGAGAAUGAUGAUUGUGCAGAGCUUGUUGAGAAUGCUUCCCUCCCGUUUCAGCCCCUAAUAUCUGUUCGUCGGGACUGUCUUGCACGUCUGCUGUUCUGUUGUUUAGGUGCAUGCUGCUGGGUCACUACAUCCGGGGCCUGGAGUACCGGUUAGAGCUGGUGCAGCUUCUGCGAAUUUCCAGCGACGUCGGUUCAUUCUCUAGUGGUGAUGAUUAUGUUGUUUGAGAAAGCUAUGUUUACUGACAUUCCUCACUGGAGUGAAUGGAAUUCCCUGGCUGAGAAAUGGCGAAGGCGGUGGUUACACUGCAUUCCCUGUCAAAAGGAUGCCCUAAAACAGGGAGCGCUGCUGAGCUAUAGUUCUUGUAAAUUAAGAAAACAGCCAUUCGGGUGUAAAGUUAGUGUUACAUAUCGAACUACUUUCUUUUUCUUCCUUUUAUUUAUGUUGUGCUGUAUAAAAAAUAAUUUGGUUGUUCUUUGUUGUUAAUCACGCGGUAGCAUGUUUGAUAGGCACCCCUUUACUUAA